AAGCCAUGAAGUGGGAAACCCACGCCACCAGGUGAAGGGAAUCCUGGGAGGAUCAGUCUUGUUUCCUGCCAAUGUAUCUCAAGGAAUAACAGUAGAGAAAAUUGAAUGGGACUUCCGCCCACAAAGGCAUGACCUGGGCUAUUGGCUGGGGGAAUUCAGUCAUGGGAAACUGGGGCACCCAAGUCCCACUGGCCGGUUUGGACAACGGCUAGACAUGGUGAACGAGACAACAAUAAAGCUCAGAGACCUGGAGUUGGAUGAUGGUGGAAUCUACAAUACUCGCAUCUGGUUUACUAAAACACAGUUUCAAGAACAGCAUUUCAACCUCACUGUUUAUGAGCCAGUGCCAACCCCACAGAUACACCACCAAGUGGAAUCCAAGACUCCAGGUGGAUGUAACGUGACCUUGCGAUGCCACACACCUGGAAGGGAAGAGCUCAAGGUCUCCUGGGAUACAGGGGGUCCGCACAGGGCUUUGGGAAAGAGUGUGAAUCGCUACCAGGUUUCUGACAAUGGCCAGGACCUCCGUGUCUUCUCCUGGAACAGUUCUUUCUACUCCAAAUUCACCUGCCUGGUCAGCAAUCCUGUUGACCAAAAGAGAGCCUCCUUUGACUUGCUCAGCAUCUGCGAGAGUGAUGAAGGUGGACAGUUUGGACCAUUGAGUUGGAGUCCACGGGUUAUCUCUUCCCUCAUAUUUCUUCUGGUGAUAAUAGUGGUGGUUAUGGUGAAUUGGAUGUGCUGGAAGAUCAGAUUAGAAAGGAAUAGAAGAGGUAGGACCAUCUCUAUUGAUCUUCUUCCCACCUCGCCUGAGAUGGGGGCUUCCUGCCAAGUAUACCUCUUCCUUUUUUUGCUUAUUCCAAGAGGCAGAGACUGGUGA